AGAAAACCGGAACUGGAGACUGGGAUCUUGCUGACUUCUUCAGCUCAGAGCUGAAAUCAUUCAGUUUUCUGUCUCCUCCCCCGGGCUGAGGUCUCUGUCUUCUGAAAACCAUCUCUGCAACCUGCUAGCCCCAGGUCAGCCUGCAGACAACCAAAGGCUAUUCCAAGGAGAGAGCCUGGAGCCAGAGAGAAUGACCCCGGGGACCCAGAGACCCCCAUCCCAGGAGCCAGACCAAGAAGACAAUCAAAGAACCUGGAGUCUUUGGCCAGACAAAGUAGGCCAGUGUCCACCCCAGGAGGAAAACGCAAAGACAAUGUCUCUCCCACUCUGAGACUCUUCUCCCUCCCCAGGCCAGUUUGCCAACCACCAAAGGGUAUUACAAGGAAAGAACCUGGAACCAGAGAGAAUGACCCCAGGGACCCAGAGACCCUCAUCCCAGGAGUUGGUGACUUUCAAGGAUGUGGCUGUGGAUUUCACCCAGGAGGAGUGGCACCUCUUGGACCAUUCUCAGAGAGAGCUGUACAAGGAGGUCAUGCUGGAGAAUGUCCAGAACCUGCUCUCUGUAGGUGGAGAGACCAGGUUGGAAUUAAAGAAGAUGGCUACACAAGUGAACAUUUCUGUGGAAGAAUUUGGCCAGCAUAUGUUUGAGAGUGAUGGUGCCUGUAACUUCAAUUUAAAAGAAAUCUGUGACUCUGAUACCAAGGUGGGUAGUAGUAUCUGCGAGUUUGGUGAAAUUGAAAAGGCACUCAGAGAGUCUUCAGUCUUAAAUAACAGGAAGAGAAGGGCUUCCUGGAAUGAAUAUUUUCAGGACAGUGAAGAUAAUAAAUGCUUUCCUCAACAACUAGAGCCUUUUAAGGCCCUGGAGAAGUCUCUUCAAAUGCUAAAGUACAAAGGUAAUCAUCUGGAAAUGGCCUUGAAUUUGAAUUCUGCUCUCAUUGGACUUCAGAAAAGUGACAAAAGUGGAAAGGCCUUCAGUCAGAACUCUAAGUUCAUUACUCUUCAGAAAAUUCACAUUAGAAAGGAGCCUGUUGAAUACAAUGAAUGUAAAGCAACCUCAUCCCAUCAAUCAUGUUAUCAGUGUGGAAAGGCUUUCACAGAGAGAUCCAGUCUUGUUAACCAUCAGAGAACCCACACUGGAGAAAAACCUUAUGAAUGUUAUCAGUGUGGAAAGACUUUCAGAGUGAGAUCCACUCUUGCUUCACAUCGAAGAAUAUACACUGGAGAGAAAGGUUAUGAAUGUUUUCAGUGUGGAAAGGUGUUCACAGAGAGAUCCAGUCUUGUUAACCAUCAGAGAAUCCACACUGGAGAAAAACCUUAUGAAUGUUAUCAGUGUGGAAAGACUUUCACAGAAAGAUCCAGUCUUGCUAAGCAUGAGAGAAUCCACACUGGAGAGAAACCUUAUGAAUGUUAUGAGUGUGGAAAGGCUUUCACAGAGAGAUCCAGUCUUGUUAACCAUCAGAGAAUCCACACUGGAGAGAAACCUUAUGAAUGUUAUGAGUGUGGAAAGGCUUUCACAGAGAGAUCCACUCUUGUUAACCAUCAGAGAAUCCACACUGGAGAAAAACCUUAUGAAUGUUAUCAGUGUGGAAAGACUUUCAGAGUGAGAUCCACUCUUGCUUCACAUCAAAGAAUCCACACUGGAGAAAAACCUUAUGAAUGUCAUCAAUGUGGAAAGGCUUUCACAGAGAGAUCCAGUCUUGCUAAGCAUGAGAGAAUCCACACUGGAGAGAAACCUUAUGAAUGUUAUCACUGUGGAAAGACUUUCACAGUGAGCUCCAGUCUUGCUAAGCAUAAGAGAAUCCACACUGGAGAGAAACCUUAGGAAUGCUAUCAGUGUGGAAAAGCUUUCUCACACAGGUAUAGUCUUGCUAAGCAUGAGAGAAUCUACACUGGAAAGAAACCUUAGGAAUGUUAUCAGUGUGGAAAGGCUUUCACAGUGAGCUCCAAUUCUGUUGUACAUCAGAGAAUUCACACUGGUGAAAUCUUAGGAAUAUAAUCAAUGUGGUAAAACCUUCAGGCAAUAUUCAUAUUCUAUAGCAAUCUUAUCACUGUUAUGAAUUAGAAAAUACAUUCAGUUGUCAUUUAGAACUUGUUCAAAAUUAGGGAUUCACUUUUUUUUUUUCACUUCAGAUUUUAUUUCCCCACCAAUUACAUGUAAAAACUAUUUUAAAAUCCAUUUUAGAACUUUGUGUUUCAUAUACCCAAAGGGCUAUGGGGCUGCACAUACCCUUUGACCCAGUAAUUCCACUACUAGGUCUGUAUCUCAAAGAGAUCAUAGAAAAGGGAUGUGAGGGAUAAAACUAAAUGUGUGUGGUUACCUUUCCCCAGUGUGGGGAAAAUUAACUAGGACAAUGGUUUAACAGUUUAAGUAUUGAACAUGUAUUAAAAUAUAUUAUAGAUUAGCAAAGAGAGAACAAGUGUCUCUGAUAGAAUAGGAAAAAUAGGAAACCUAUCUACCCUAGAGGAGAGAUUAGAGUUCACACCCCUACCUGGUUCUUCUACCAACCCCCCAACCCCCCAAAAAGUUUCCAACCACCAACUGCCUUCCACACUGCUUCAAUCUGAUUGGUUGAAGGUGGUCUCUUGUUGAUGUGUGGUAACUUCCAGACACUGAACCUUAGACAGGUCAACCCAUGCUCUCAGUAGGGGGCCCCUGGUAAUAAUCUUAUACUCCCACCUGUGUUUCAUUAAGAAACAAUAGUUUCCUUCAAUGAAACAAUCACUUUCCAGAUACUUAUAACUAAAAAUGUAAGAGGAAUGAAAAGAGAGAAAAGAAAUUGAUGCAUUGACAAAAACUAAAGGGGACAUUCCCCUUUAGUAGGUGGAUGUUACAAAUAGUGUAUGCAGUGGGAAAAGGAAAACAGGAAAAUGUCCAUUUAAGUCUUUGGAAGUCUUUUCUCAGAUGGUUCUUGGGAUGUCCUGUGGGUAUAGCUCUGGAUUCUGGCUCUGGAUCCUAGGCCUGGUCUCAGAUGUGGUUGUAACAAAAAGUCUCUCAGGUGUUUCAGAUACUGAUGAUCAGCUAGAAAGUCUCCUCAGCUGGAAAAUUUCCUACAAAAUUGAUCCUAACACAACUUUAAACAGCUUUGCCA